AGGGAAUAAAUGGGAAGUCUGUGCAGAAGUCCCAAACCAGUUCAGAUGUUGCUGUUUCCUCAAGCUGCAGGUCUAUGGAAAUGCAGGAUCUAGCCAGCCCACACAGACGACUAAGUGGUAGUAGUGAAUCCCCCAGUGGUCCAAAACUUGAUAACUCCCAUAUAAAUAAUAAUUCCAUGACACCCAAUGGCACAGAAGGUGACAUGACCCUCCUCAGCACUGCAGACUGGCUGCUCAGCCCUAGCACACAGAGCCCUGCAGUUAAAACAGAACCAAUGAACAGCAGUGAGAUUGCUACUACUACUACCACAGACGGGUCUUUAGACAAUUUCUCAGGAUCAGCAAUUGGAAGCAGCGGUUUCAGCCCAAGACAAACACACCAGUUCUCCCCACCACAGAUUUACCCUUCCAACAGACCCUACCCACACAUUCUCCCCACCCCGUCCUCACAAACGAUGGCUGCCUAUGGGCAGGCACAGUUCCCAGCGGGAAUGCAGCAGGCCACAGCCUAUGCCACCUACCCCCAGCCCGGCCAGCCCUACGGAAUCCCUUCCUAUGGUGCAUUGUGGGCAGGCAUCAAGACAGAAGGUGGAUUGGCACAGUCACAGUCACCUGGACAAACAGGAUUUCUCAGCUAUGGUGCCAGCUUUAGCACACCUCAACCUGGACAGGCUCCCUAUAGCUACCAGAUGCAAGGCAGCAGUUUUACAACAUCAUCAGGAAUAUAUGCAGGAAAUAAUUCACUCACAAAUUCUACUGGAUUUAAUAGUUCACAGCAGGAAUAUCCCUCCUAUCCCAGUUUUGGCCAGGGCCAAUAUGCACAGUAUUACAAUAGCUCACCAUACCCUUCACAUUACAUGACAAACAGCAACACCAGCCCUACGACACCCUCCACAAAUGCUACAUACCAGCUCCAAGAACCACCAUCUGGCAUCACCAGUCAAGCAGUUACAGAUCCUGCAGCAGAAUACAGCACAAUCCACAGUCCAUCCACCCCCAUUAAAGAUUCAGACUCAGACAGAUUGCGUCGGAGCUCAGAUGGGAAAUCACGUGGACGUGGCAGAAGAAACAAUAAUCCUUCACCACCACCUGACUCUGACCUGGAGAGAGUAUUCAUUUGGGAUUUGGAUGAGACAAUCAUCAUUUUCCAUUCCUUGCUUACAGGGUCCUAUGCUAACAGAUAUGGAAGGGAUCCUCCCACUUCUGUGUCCCUUGGACUGCGAAUGGAAGAGAUGAUUUUCAAUUUGGCGGACACACAUCUAUUCUUUAACGAUUUAGAAGAAUGCGACCAGGUUCACAUUGACGACGUGUCUUCGGAUGACAACGGUCAAGAUUUAAGCACGUAUAACUUCGGAACCGACGGCUUUCCCGCGGCUGCCACCAGCGCCAACCUGUGCCUGGCCACCGGCGUGCGCGGAGGAGUGGACUGGAUGCGGAAACUGGCCUUCCGCUACAGACGAGUAAAAGAAAUAUACAACACCUACAAAAACAACGUUGGAGGUCUUCUUGGUCCAGCAAAAAGAGAGGCUUGGUUACAACUGAGAGCAGAAAUUGAAGCUUUGACAGAUUCUUGGUUAACACUUGCACUGAAAGCACUCACCCUCAUACAUUCGAGGACAAACUGUGUGAACAUUCUCGUAACAACUACUCAGCUAAUUCCAGCUCUGGCAAAAGUCUUGUUGUACGGACUAGGGGUUGUAUUUCCCAUAGAGAAUAUUUACAGUGCAACUAAAAUAGGAAAGGAAAGUUGUUUUGAGCGAAUAAUUCAAAGAUUUGGAAGAAAAGUAGUGUAUGUUGUUAUAGGAGAUGGUGUCGAAGAAGAACAAGGCGCAAAAAAGCAUGCUAUGCCGUUUUGGAGGAUCUCGAGCCACUCUGACCUUAUGGCCCUUCACCAUGCCUUGGAACUGGAGUACUUGUAGCAGCUUAGCAGCACUUUCAAACCUCAGAGCCUCCUUCUGCCCGUGGAUGAGAUGCCUGUGUCUAGUGUCAGCAUUGGACUAGAGAACUCUGUGAUUUCAGCAUGUUGACGUACAGCUGCAGUCGGGGUUAACCCUUGCCCUUGCAGUGAACAGAGGAGCAAGUCCUUUUCUUCAGAACAGCUGUUGGCUCCGGCACUGCCAGCCCAACCAAAAUAAGCCAUGCGAGUGUUUGAACAACUCAUCUUUACCACAUUUGCUACCAAAAAGAAAUAGAGAAGGAAAAAAUAAAAUGGGAAGAAAAUUUAAAAAAAAAGAAGAAGAAAAGGAAAUAAGAGGUUCAUACCUGUGAAGAAAAGAAAAAGGACCUGCAAAUGCUUUGUAGUUUUUAGCCUCUUCAAUGUGACACACACAAUUUCUUCAACACAGCAAACUUGAUUGCACAAUGAAGACUGAGAUUUUACAAAAUACCAGUGGAGUAAUUUUCUUAUGAAGAAGGUUUACGUUUUGGUUUCUCAUACCCAGGGUACUCUGUACAUCUUUACUUAUUUAUGAACAGACUGUAUUUUGACAUCAUAUAACUGAGGAUAUGUAUAAUAGGAUUAAAGGCUAUUAUAAGCCUUUGCCUUAUGGUACAGCAACUACUUUU